UGAAAACUGGGUACAUUGACGAUGAUAUCGGAGGAGAUCUUGGAGACACGCAUUCAUUGAGCCUUCUCGUUGCAAUCGGCGGGCAUAAAUCUCAUCUCCUUACCUCCUCCAACACCAUUGGGGCAUCUCCCUUCGAUCUAUACCGAAGAUGCCUCCAUACUCUCGACACAUGCUCGUCGCAGGUCGAAGUGCAGCAAGCUCAAGCUUGCUCAGAGUCCUCUCUCCGGCAAUCUCACCAUGCCUAACCUCCGCGCCUCCCACCAUCACCGCCCUCACCACCGGCACCACUACCAUCCUCAACUCCUCAAUCCACCAUAAUAACCCAACGACAACCACUAGAAAACGAACCCUCACCACCUCACCACCAAACCAACAAAGCCAACCACACGCCAGACACCCCUCAAAUCCCACCACCUCAACACCCACAGCACCAGAAGACCUAUCCACCCAAAUCCGCCUCCUAAUGCGCCAAGUUCCCUACCCAGUCGCCAUCAUCACUUCGACAGACCCGCACGCCCACGCCCAUACCUCCCAAACCAGCACCACUUCCGAAAUCUCCUCUUCCUUCCGCGGCAUGACCGUCUCCUCCUUCAACACCGUAACCCUACACCCAAACCCCAUAAUCUCCUUCAACGUCCGACGACCCUCGGAAACGCUCUCCGCCCUCCAAUCCUCCGGCCGCUUCCUCGUGCACCUCCUCGCCCCGAACCCGCGCACCGCAGCCCUAGCCCGGGAUUUCUCCCGCGGGAAUCGGCAGCGUCAUGGGCGUCGGCCGCAUAACCCAUCCGCAGACCGCGACGCCACGGAUGAAGCUGCGGCGGAGGAGGAUUUCCCGUUCGUGUUCGAGUGCCGCGUGCUUCCGCAGUCGGUGCAGGUGCAGGAUCACACUAUUGUUGUUGGGACGGUGGUGCGGGCGAUUGCUGCGCAGGGACAUGCGCUGCCGCUGCAACAACAAGAAGCCAAGGGGUUGUGUUUGACGUAUGCGGAUACGCGGUUUUGGGAGAUGGGGCGGGAGAUUUGA